AACUACCAUACUUAUUUCCUUAAAAUGCUGAGUAACUACAAUCUGAAAUCUCUGGCUUUUGCUGCUGUUUUGGUUCAUAUUUGCUUUGGUGUUUCAAAAGGGCAUUUGCAAACUGGGUUCUAUUCACAGACGUGUCCGGAAGCAGAAACUAUUGUUUUAAAUGUUGUCCGAUCAGCUGUUUCUGAUGAUCAUCGGAUUGCUGCCAAGUUGCUCAGGCUCUUCUUCCAUGACUGCUUUGUUCAGGGGUGCGAUGGGUCGAUUUUGGUGGAUGAUGGGGAGAGAAAUGCAAGAGAGCACUUGGGAGUGGGAGGUUUUGAAGUGAUAGAAAAUGCUAAAACAGAAUUAGAAGAGAAUUGCCCAGGAGUUGUUUCUUGUGCAGACAUUGUAGCAUUAGCUGCCCGUGAUGCUGUUUUCUUGAGUAAAGGGCCAUUUAUUGAGGUCCCAACUGGAAGAAGAGAUGGCCUGAUUUCAGAAGUGGGACUCGCUGCUGAUUUGCCUGAUGUCGAUGAUUCAACUGAGGUUCUUAAAUCCAAGUUCCAACAUAAAGGGCUUUCAGAUAAAGACCUUCUCCUUCUUAGUGCGGGUGGGCAUUCAAUUGGUACAACAGCAUGUUUUUUCAUGCCAAAUAGGCUUUACAACUUCCAUGGAGAAGGAGACUCCGACCCAGAAAUCAACCCUCGGCUUCUUCCACAACUAAAAGAUCAAUGCCCUUUUGAUGGAGAUUCCAACGUCAGAAUUCCUCUGGAUUUGGGCUCUGAAUCAACCUUCGAUGCUCAUAUAUUUCAAAAUAUCAGAAAUGGGUUCGCUGUGAUUGCAUCAGAUGCCAGGCUUUAUGAUGACAGAAACAUUAAAAAAAUGGUGGACACAUAUGCUCAAGGCUUCUCCAGGUCAAGAAGAAGGAGAUCAUCUUUUCAAAAUGAUUUUGCUGUAGCAAUGGUCAAACUGGGGACCAUUGGUGUUAAAACAGGGGAAGACGGAGAGAUCAGAAGAGUUUGUAAUGCUCUUAAUUAAUUCAAAAAAAAAUACUACUAUUGUGUUUAUUGUUAGGUAAUGCAUUUUUAG